GAAGCCUCAGUGGUCCCUCCCACUCUCCAGCCUUCGCAAUGCCGCCCAAGGACGAUAAGAAGAAGGAAAAUGCCUGGAAGUCGGCCAAGAAAGACAAGGACCCAGUAAACAAGUCUGGAGGCAAAGCCAAGAAGAAGUGGUCCAAAGGCAAAGUUAGGGACAAGCUCAACAACCUGGUCCUGUUUGACAAAGCCACUUACGAAAAACUCUGUAAGGAAGUUCCAAACUAUAAGCUCAUAACCCCUGCUGUGGUUUCUGAGAGGCUGAAGAUUCAUGGCUUGCUGGCCAGGGCAGCCCUUCAGGAGCUGCUUAGUAAAGGACUUAUCAAGUUAGUCUCAAAGCACAGAGCUCAAGUAAUUCACACUAGAAAUACUAAAGGUGGAGAUGCCCUCGCUGCUGGUGAGGAUGCAUGAACAAA